CAAUAUCCAGGAAGAAGAAGAACGCCCAUUUUGCUCACACUGUCCAAGCACCGAAGUGGGCUGAAAUAACAGACAGACAGAAGAGGACAAAGAGCUGCAAUGGACGGAGAUGUUGCGGUUGGUGUGAAGAGAGGCUCAGAUGAGCUCAACAUGUAUGGAAGCAGCCCCAACUCUAUGACCGCGAAUGGCAGUGACAGUAAGAAACAGCGUCUGGAUGAAUCACCUCCCUCCAGAGUUCUCCACAUUCGGAAACUUCCCAAUGAAGUGUCGGAGACUGAAGUCAUUGCUUUGGGGCUACCCUUUGGAAAGGUCACCAACAUACUGAUGCUCAAGGGGAAAAACCAGGCUUUUCUGGAGCUCGGUACAGAGGAAGCAGCCAUUACUAUGGUGAACUACUACACAGCUGUCACUCCACAGGUCAGAAACACACCUGUUUUCAUCCAGUACUCCAACCACAAGGAACUGAAAACAGACUCAGCUCUGAACCAGAGAGCCCAGGCAGUGCUGCAGGCAGUGUCAGCAGUUCAGGAUGGAAGCUCUCCAUCCUCCGACCCAGGAGUCCUGGACCUCGCUCCGCCCCCCAGCCCUGUCCUGCGAAUUAUUAUUGACAACAUGUUUUAUCCUGUGACACUGGACGUUCUACAACAGAUCUUCAGUAAAUUCGGGACGGUGAUGAAGAUUAUAACCUUCACCAAGAACAACCAGUUUCAGGCUCUGCUGCAGUUCAGUGACCCCGUCAACGCACAGCAAGCUAAACUGUCUUUGGACGGACAGAACAUCUACAAUUCCUGCUGUACUCUGCGGAUAGACUUCAGUAAACUGGUCAACCUCAAUGUCAAAUACAACAAUGAUAAGAGUCGAGAUUACACGAGACCCGACCUCCCUACAGGAGACGGAGAGGCGACCAACAAGGAUCAUUCUUUAUUGGGUACCCCAUCUGGAGCGCUAGCUUCCUACUCCAGUGGAGGAGGUUACUCAUCAUCUCUCUCCCUGUCACAGGGUGGAGGAGCCAUCAGUCCUCUGAGCGCGGCGGCGGCGGCGGCAGCGGCUGCAGGUCGUGUUGCUCUGUCGGGGUCUGGAGUGUCAGGAGUCCUGUUGGCCUCCAACCUAAACGAAGAGAUGGUCACGCCUCAAAGUCUCUUUACCCUCUUCGGAGUCUAUGGUGAUGUCCAGAGGGUAAAGAUCCUCUACAACAAAAAGGACAGUGCUCUGAUCCAGCUGUCCGAUGGCAACCAGGCUCAGCUGGCAAUGAGCCACUUGAAUGGUCAGAAGGUGUUCGGUAAAGUGAUGAGAGUGACGCUGUCGAAGCAUCAAACUGUGGCUUUACCCAGAGAAGGACUGGACGACCAGCUCCUCACUAAAGAUUUCUCCGGCUCUCCACUCCAUCGCUUUAAGAAACCAGGAUCCAAGAACUUCCAGAAUAUCUUUCCUCCCUCUGCGACACUUCAUCUCUCCAAUAUCCGGGACGGUGUUGGAGAGGAUGAUCUCCGUCUUCUGUUCUCCAACAGCGGAGGAACUGUCAAGGCCUUCAAGUUCUUCCAGGACCGGAAGAUGGCCUUGAUCCAGAUGUCGUCAGUAGAGGAGGCAAUCCAAGCGCUGAUGGAUCUUCACAACUACGACAUGGGAGGGAAUCACCAUCUAAAGGUUUCCUUUUCAAAGUCCACCAUCUAAGCCUCACGCCCGGUUCCUCAACCUUAAGAUCCUUUACGAGCGAGGGAAGUCACUCCCAUUUUCCAUGUUUUAUGUUCUGUUAACCUCUUCUGUGCUAUCCCGAAAAAACUUAAAUUAAGUCGUACAGUAACACACACACAAUGUGUUUUUAAAUGUCCAAUUAAACAUUAUGAAGCCACAGACUAAAAUGUGAAUCAUACAGACCUUAAGAUUAGAAAACCAUCUUCCAACGAUCAUUAAGAACAGACAGGCCUUUCGUAAUGUACGACGAGUCCUGAACGUCAUCCGUGAAAAGAGAGAGAUAGUAAACAUGACGCUGAAAACACAUUGGUAUUAUUUUUGUGAUUCACUCUGUCGAUCUGAAUCCCAAACUACUGAACUGUGAAGCAUUAGCUGAAGUUGUGUUGACCCUUGAAUCCCUGGCAACAGCAAUCAGAAAUCAUCCAGGGAUAAAAGGCAUUGAUAUUUCAAAGAGCAUCAGAUUUCUUUAUUUGCUGACGACACACUGGUAUAUGUCUAAAAACAAAAAAUCACCACCUAAGGUGUAAAUCAACAAUACCAAUCAACAAUUCAACCUCUGUCAUAAUAACUGGAGAUGAGUUCAAGUGUUUAGGAAUAAUGAUCCCAUGUAGUUUAGCCCCAUUGUUGCUGUUUGGACAGAUGACUCUUCCCCCAACCUUAAUUAGCAAAAUGAAUGUUAUUAAAACAAAAACUCUGGACACAUCUCUCUACUCCGACUCUCUCAGGAGGCUUAAGCAGAAAACAACUAACCCAUAUAUUAAAACCACAGUUACAGCUUGGUAUGAAUCACGUUUUCUCCUAUUAGGGGGGUAACACAGUGUUUGCAUCAGGUAAUUCAGACUCUGGGCUCAGACGGGUUUAUAUAACAAGACCUUCAGACAGAUAUUACAGAGCUAUUUUAUCCAUUAAAAGUAAGAUUUAAAUCAAUCCAAAGAUAAUUGGCUUGAGAGGACGUAGCCUGUGUAAGGCUUGGUGAAUUCCUUAUAUCCCAGAACAGAGAAAGGUUCCUGAUUUCCUUUGCUUGUGGAAGUGUAAAUACAUAAUAAUAAUAAUAAUAAAGCAAUAAGCAACACAAUUUCCAACAUCAUCCACAAAGAACUCAUGAAAGUAAAUGAGUUUAAUGACCUCUGCUUAUUACAAGCGAACUGUCUUAAUGUGAGUUUGUGGUGGAUUAAUGAGCUUUAAUCAAACAAACAAAAAUCAUAUAUUUCAUAAUAAUAUAUGGGAUUCAUCUCGUACAUUUUUGGAAUCAUUACCUGAAAACUUCUUAAAUGUGGCAUUUACCAACUUAGACUUUACUCCUUUUGCAUUUCUUUUUUUUUUUCUCCCCCCUUUUCGAUAUACAGAUAUGUAGUUAUGCAUUUGUGCACAUUGUUGUGUGUGUGUAUAAGUAAUUUAUUUAUUUUCGUCAUUUUGUAAACUAUCACUGUUUUUAUAAACACUGAUGGCAAUCAGUUCAUGGGUGGGAGGGAAGUUGUUUUGAGGAAGAUUUGAAAGAUGUAAACAGACCGGUCUAGAAAAGUGAUGUAUGAUGUUCAAAAGCAAGAGACAAUAGAUAAAUAAUAGAUACAACAAGUUAAACAUUAUAAAGUUUCAGUUAAAAAGAUUCAGAAACACCUGAUCACAUGAUGUAAACUCUUGACCAAUUAGAAGCAGUUCUUAGCCAAACCCCAUUUCUGCUUUUACCCUCAUGACACGUUCAAGAGCGGCUGAUCGCCUCGCUGCAGUGAUGUAGAGCUGUACUCCUGGGUGUGUCACGACGUUGUGACAUCACUGUUGGGUGUGGCUACAUACAGCAGGUGAAACGGACUCUCUCACCUGUCGGCACAGCAGUAGACUCUUUGAGUUCCUGUGAUUAAUCAUCUCUUAAUUCUCUGUACGUUGUGUUGCUACGUCAACCUUUUCUGUUCUUAAUUACUAUUUGAACCAUAAGAUAUUAUUGCUCUAACAGUCGUCACCCCCCACAUUCGUUUUCCUCAUCAAUAUGUGACUCCUCUUCCCUCUUGUCAUUUGAAGAUUUGUUUUGGACAGUGCAGAUUCUGCCACGCUCAUCCAUCAGUGUGCUGAUUCACUCCUUCAGACCUCUUCCUGUUCGUCUCUGCACUUUGGUGCAUUCAAAACAAAAUAACUAAAAAACACCAACUGAUAUCUUGGACACGUCAUCCAAGCUACAAGUAUAAAGGAGUAGAGGGCGUGUUGUUUCACAUCUACAGUGUAAAUAUGGCCAGUGUUACAUUACCAGCACCCGAUGUUCCUUGGUAGCUCGCAGCUUAAAGAAAACUGAAAUCGUUUAAACGCCAGACGUAACUUUAGAACCAGGGAAUCCUCAGAGGAGACGGAGUGAACGACGCGUGCUGCCAUUUCCAGUUUCAAGAGACAUUUUUUUGUGAACUGUGAACAAUCGCUCUGACGCCGUUUAUACGUGAUGCCCGUUUGAUUAAAAAGCAGCAGGCUCAUUGUGGCCAGUCUGCGAGGGGGGGGGCUUUAAAGGCAUUCUGGGAAAUGUGAAUCAUAAUUUGAAGCUAACGACGCUUGUUGAGGACAAUUGAGAACUCCCCCCCAAAAACUUCCUCUACAAAAAUAACCUGGAAUGUGUGUGUGACAUUAACACUUUGUAAUGAUGCUGAAGGUGGAGCUUUCCUUGAAGAAUAGAGCCAUCUGUAAUGUUCCUGUUUAAAUCCCAUCCCAGCCUUUUGACAACCACAGACACACACACACACACACACACACACACACACACACACACACACACACACACACACACACACACACACAGGAUGCAUGCUCUUGCUCUCUGUUGAGACGACGUUUCAACAUGUGAUUCUGGUCUUGGUCUCUGGUUUUGGGAGGAGACCUGUUGGGACCAAAGUACAUGAUCCUUUUAAGUCUGUGGUCUGAUAUUACUAUUGAUUCUUUUUGUGACUUUGAACGUUUGAUUUUACUGGUGAUGUUUGUUGAUCCUGUGUUGUAAACCUGUAGAAACACAUUAUUUUGUUAAUUUUCUAAAAAAAAUAAACAAAAAACCAGAUGUGAACCUCUCAUCAAGCCGACGGCUGUGUCAGCGUUUGAACUGAGUUCAUGUCCAAAGUCUUUUAGGGGAUUGUUGUAAAUUCUUUACUUGAAUUCAGUUUUUUUUAUUUAAUUUAAUCUGUUUUUUUUUGUUUGUUUGGUUUUUUUUUUGUCAUAAGAUUUCAGAUUAGCACAAAUUAAACAUGCCUUUUCUACCAAGGAGCCCAGGUUAAAUUGUGUGUGUUAGUGUGUGUUUGGACUGGGUUCAGACCUCUGCUUUCAUCUGUCUUACCUGUCGACCUGUCAAUAAACUUCUCUCACUUUGUUCA